AUGCCAUCGGCAAAGCCGCGCCAUGCGAAAAACAGUGCUGGUAAGGGUCAUGAGUCGGUUUCGCGCGCACCUCUGCCCGAGUCGCCUGCGCAGGCAUCUGGAAUAGCCUCGACGUCACAGACGGAAAACGUCUCGACAGAGCACCUCGCCUGGGCAUCUCUCAUCAAGGAGCAGCAUCGGCAUCUGCAGGCGACCGUACAGUCCGGUAUCAGUGGCAGUGGUAGUGCGGUGACAACAAUGAGUGCUUCUUCUUGCCUUACUGCCUCUGCACCGUCGCUGUCGUCGUACCAGGAGGAAUUGAAGGUGUGGCGACGUACGCUGACGGGCAAGGAGGCAGUGCGGCGGCUCUCUGCCUAUGCUGAGGCGAUGCAUCAUCUUGCAACGCUGUACUGGAAUCCCUCCGUGGUACCUGUGGAGGGACCCGGCACCGGAGUGGAUGACGGUAACGGUACACGCAGCGAGCCUGCAACGCAUGGCGGGAAGCGCCAGCGAAGUAGCGACACGUCAGAUGACGUAAAAGAGUCAUCGUCUUGUGCGCUGAUACACAGGGCAAUGGUAGCUACGGCAACUUCGACGAUGUCCGUCGACAACUCUCGCCACUACAACGACCGCCUCAGCUACUGCCUGCAGAGCAUCGCCUCCUACUAUCUCGGCGAGGCAGAUACAGAAGGAUGCGUUGAGGGCACCAAAGACGGCGCGCCUGGCGCCGCUGAUCUUCAACCUCCGGCGCCGGCGCCGUCGCCAUCUCACUGCUUUAGGGUGCACGUUGAGCAGGUGAGCUUCCGUCAGCUGCCUGGCGUGUUUGCACGAGUCGUGAAGCCGCUUCGCAGGCUCUUCUUUCAGCGACAUGGUCGCAUGGCGACGGAAGCGGAGGUGAGCCAGCUAAUCAGGGUCUGCACACCGCCCCGGCAGGGCAGCUGCGAUGCUGUGCCAAAUAAGAGCGCGGACGGCUCCUCUUGCUUGUUCUCGAGUGCCGACUCAAGUGACGGAUCGACGACGGAGGCGUGCGCCGUGCGGGAGCUCAUUGACGCGGAUGUGUACGCACGCGUCACUGUGGAGGAGUCGACGUGGCGCCGAGGGGAGAACACGGCGUGGGCUACUGCACUACGUUACACUCGCGAUGCGCUUCACUUGACGCCGACGUCGCCGCCUGCGCCGCUGUGGGCACUGGAUGUGGGCUCAUGCUAUGGCCCCUUUUUCGGCAAGAUCUUGAGCCGUGCAGUGCCUCUUGCACCAGUGCCUUUGCAUGUAACGUCCUUGGAUCUUGCUCCGUAUCAGGCAUCUGCGGCCUGUAACAGUGGUGCUGAUGGCGUCCCUGCACCACGUGUGUGGCGAGUGGACUGGCUGGACAUUGAUUUUUUUGGCGACGAGCCAGAGGCAGGCGAGGUGGUGCGCACGAACAGUACCGCCGUUGCAAUCGGCACGGCGGAUGAAGGCCGCCUCCGCUAUCAGCAGCAGAACUCAGUCAACAGCCUCAUCGACUGGGGUGGAAACUCCGGAUCGCACCUCCGCGACUCGCAUGACGGCAGUGCAGGCGACGCGACACAGAGCUCGCUCACAGCGACGGCGGUGCGGCUGGAAAGCUACGACGCUGUUUUUUUCUGUCUUCUCCUGUCCUACAUGCCCACCCCACGCUUGCGCUUCUUGGCGUGCAUCCAUGCCUUCUUGGCACUUAGGGAGGGCGGGUUGCUCGUGAUUGUGAGCACGCGCACGCAGGGACCGCGGCGUCGCAACUGGAUGAACGAGUGGACGGUGUGCUUGGCCUCUAUAGGGUUUCAACGCGUGCAACAGAGCAUUCAGGGGAAGCUUGUCGGCAUGUCCUUUGCGAAGGUGUCGCCCUCUGCGGAGGUGCGGCGGAGCUGGGUGACGGCGGAGGGACGUGCUGCGUGGAUCGAGUCUUUAAUGACAUCCUCGGCGGCUCUGGAAGGACUGCGCAUCACCGCAGACGACGCGAAGGGCUGCGCGGAUAUCUAA